AAGCAGGGAAGCCGGCCUCUACUUGGGCCUGCCCUGGGCAGCCAUCUUGGACGGUCGCGGUGGCCGGAGUCGGGGAGCCGCGUCGGAAGGAGACAAGGCGCCGCCGCCGCCGCCGCCGGGUUGAGACGCUGACUCCGGCGCCAGCUGCCCUCCUUCCCCUUCCCCCGCCCCGGAGGAGCCGGAGGAGCCGAGCCUAGCAAAGAGAGAUGAGCAACUCCAGCAACAAGCGCGCCUCUACCACGGCCACCCAGCGACUCAAGCAGGACUAUCUGCGCAUCAAAAAAGAUCCAGUGCCUUAUAUUUGUGCUGAGCCUUUGCCAUCCAAUAUCCUUGAGUGGCACUAUGUUGUACGAGGACCUGAAAAGACACCGUAUGAAGGUGGCUACUACCAUGGGAAGUUAAUUUUCCCCAGAGAAUUUCCUUUUAAACCUCCUAGUAUUUAUAUGAUCACACCAAAUGGAAGAUUUAAAUGCAAUACAAGGUUGUGUCUUUCCAUUACUGAUUUCCACCCCGACACAUGGAACCCAGCUUGGUCAGUCUCCACAAUCUUGACAGGCCUUCUUAGUUUUAUGGUUGAAAAAGGGCCCACACUGGGCAGUAUAGAAACGACAGAAUUUACGAAGAGGCAAUUGGCUUCGCAGAGUUUAGAAUUUAACGUAAAAGACAAGGUCUUUUGUGAAUUGUUUCCUGACAUGGUGGAGGAAAUCAAGCAGAAACAGAAGGCACGAGAAGAUCUCCACAGCCGGCCAACGACUCUCCCGCUUCCGGAUGUCAUCCCUGACGGGGAAGCUCAUCACGGCCAGAACGGCCUGCCGAUUCUAAACGGGCACCCGCCUUUGGCUGCAGCUAACAACCCCCUUGGCCUCCAGCAAGCUAACCGCCAUCAUGGACUCCUGGGUGGAGCUUUGGCGAACUUGUUUGUUAUAGUGGGCUUUGCGGCUUUUGCGUAUACAGUGAAGUAUGUCUUGAGGAGCAUUGCGCAGGAGUGAGAUGCUCUGAAGUUCUCCUUUUCCUUCCAAGUCUGGGUUCUGAGACCAAAAUAACAGUAGUGGCAGGAAGGAAACAAAACAUUUGGGACUCUGUGGGUCUCGUACUCCCAACUGUGGGGCUAACUGCUGUGAUGUGUACAGGGGUUUUGUUUUGUUUUUUAAAUUACUGGUUUGGCUCAUGGAAUUAGUUUUGUUGGAAGGGAGGGGAAAACCCUGUUUGGGAUUGAAAAGGAUGGGAUGGGAUGGAGGAAGGAAGAGGACAAACACACUGUCUCCCAAGAAAGAAGAAGAAGAAGAAGAAAAAAAAAAUCCCUUUCUGAAACAGGUAAAUUGUAGGAUCUAAAUUUACCGGCCUGCAAAAUCCCUGUGUUUCGUUUUUCUUUUUUUUCCAGCGCGCUCCGAAUCGGUUCUAACAUCUUGGGAGUUUUUGAGAACUUGGGCAGAAGCAUCCAUUUUAAGGCAACAUGGGAUUUUUGGCGAUAGGAAGAUGGGGUGGCAGAGCAUGGGCAGUCCAUGCCUGUUUUAAUACGGAUGGGUAGAUCUCUCAGCUGAGGAGAAGGAGGAGGGUGGGGGAAUAAGGAGCACUCUUGUUUUGUUAAGAGGCCCUCCCUUAGAUCACGUCGCUUGACGUGCUGGUGUUUGCUGCUGAACGGGUUCCCAAACUGAGCAGAUGUUUGUAUGAAUGCUAGAUGCUCAAGGCAGCAUUUUGCAUACUAAGCUUGCCCGACGCCAGAGAGUGAAUUUACAGUUCUUUUAAAAUAAAGUUUGGAGUGAGGGUGAGCAUAAAGCUUUUGAGCCACCCCCACAAAGAGGAGUUUUGGUGCUAACAGAAACAGCCUGGGUUUACGCAAAAGAGAAAACUUUUCCACUCUCCUACGCAACCACAAGGGUGCAGUGGCCCUGAGUAACUGUGUGUGUUUUUAAGCAGGCACAUUCUUUGCCCAACGCAUCACAAUGUGCAAUUUUUCUUCUUAUAAUUCUGGCCCAAUUAAAAACGUGCCCAAUUGCUCUUUAAAGAGAGAGACAGAACAAUGGCCAAAUCUUACCAGCUUUUGUUGGCCUUUUGAUCAGCAUUUUUUUAAAAAAAAAAAGUGUAAAAGUUUGAUGUUCUGUCUUCUUUUCUUUCAAAAGGACCCCGUUUGAGGACUUGAGGUUGCAAUCAUGUUAUGUUUUAUAAUUCAUCUCCAGGUUUUUGCUGCUAAGGAGAAGGGAAGUGAAAGAGUCAACCUCAGAGAGGAUGGCCUGGGAAGGAUUUUUUUUCAAUAAAUUCCUUCUGUGUUUCAUACCCGUCCUCUUCCCCCCCCCCUCCCCAUUAGUGCUAUGCUUUGUCUUGCAGUUAAUUAGCUCCAGUUGAAGGUAUUUUUUCUAAAGCAGGGAUCACUCAAAAGCUAGGACCUCAAGGAGGUUGAUUUAACUUAAGUUAAACAGAUAAAUGUUCUGGGGCGAAAAACCUACUUAUUCUCAACCGGAACAGCUGGACCUUUACAUUCCCCAUUUUGGGGCAGGGAAAGAGACACCUCCUCCCCCCCAGUUGUGCUUCUGGGAUUAGUGUGAUGUUUUGCCCAUCCAGCUUAUCUGGCUAAAAUAAAUAUCUUCCCGUAGCCAAAAACAAAGAAAAAGAGGGAAAACAACCUAAGCCCAACCCAUUUAGCGUGGUUUUCCUGUUAUUAGACCCCCUCCAUUGGUAUUGCCAAGGUUGAAAGAACCCUGUAUUGUUAAGUAUGUCUUUUUAAGCUUCUCUUUCGUUCAAAGGUAUUUUAAAGAUGAGAUUUCUGCUUUUUGUUAAAGUUUUGAGUUACUGGUUUUAUUCCUUUUUUUUUUUUGGUAUAGUUUUUUUUUCUGGAACCCAUGCACAAAACAGAUUGGAAAUGUUGACUUUAUGAAAUGAUAUAGAGUAUUGACUGGGGGAAAGUAUUGACCAGAAAAAGAUUAAUUAAAUCCAUAAGCUGUUUAACUUCAUCUAAGAGUUUAACUUCAUCUAAGAGUGAAUAUCUGCUUUUGACCAAUUUCCCCACCAGUAGGUGUUGGUUUAGUUGUGACUCUCCCAAUAGCUCUAUCAGUGAACAAACGUUUAUUAAAAUCUCAUUGUCGGCAUGUGAAUGGGAGAGAGGGCUACAGUAGAAAAUCAUUUUAAGAAAGCCUUCUCAGUAUGUCCACACUAUCGUGGACUACAUCUCCCCAUCAUCCUGGGCAACAGGGAUCUAGGACAAAUUGGGGAAGGGUAUUUGGGGAGACUGAUUUAAAAUACGUAUUUCCAUUUUUUAGAAAUACUUCAGGGAUUGUGUGAUAGUCUCCCCCCCUCUCUGUCUUUUGAUGAAAUUUUGUUUGUGGUUUUUUUUUUUUUUCUCCUUCAGCUUGGUCCAUGUUUUGCACCCGCGGGUUGUCACGAGAUCUUAAUGUACAUAUUCAUGCAAAGGCAUUUCUUUCUACUUGAAAAAAAAGAAGCGUAGGUCACAUUCUUUAUAGUACCUUAAAGGGGUGGGUGGGAAAGAGGCUGGUUCAAUGGACGUGACUUGGUUCACUGAUGGGGCUAAGCGUGGGUUUGUUUAACCAUAGUUUGUUGAAUAAAUCACUGUCUGAGUUCA